CCACAUCCACGCCCUUAUCCUCCUCCUCCAUCACCUUCACUCCCCCGCCACUCCUUCCAAUGGCGACCAUGCUCGUAAACCCUUCUCUUUCUCGUCUCAAGCUCCCUCCCAAUCAUUCUCAUUCCCAUUUCCAAACCCUCUCUUCGCUUCCUCCUCACCGUCUCUUCUCUCCUCUCCGCUCCUCCGUUUUCCAAGACCAGUUCCCUACCGCCGGCGCCGGAAACGAUGACAAGGACGAUGAUCCCUCUUCUUACGGCGAGGUCAACAAGAUCAUCGGAAGCCGCACAAUCACUACGCCGAUCUUCAACGACGAUGGCUCCGUCUCCACUUCCACCUCCACUGAGUACCUCAUCGAAUGGAAAGACGGCCAUGAACCUUCUUGGCUUCCAUCCUCAUCGAUCGCCGCCGACGUCGUCGCCGAGUACGAAACCCCAUGGUGGACAGCAGCCAAGAAGGCCGACGCGGCCGCCCUCUCUGCUCUCCUCUCGGACGAAACCACAGAGCGGGAUCCGGACGCGGAGGACGCCGACGGGCGCACGGCAUUGCAUUUCGCGGCGGGGAUAGGGUCGGAGGAGUGCGUGCGAGUGUUGGCGGCGGCGGGGGCGGAUUUGGGGAAGAAGGAGAGGGCGGCAGGGGGGUUGACGGCGUUGCAUGUGGCGGCGGGGUAUGGGAAGGCGGAAGCCGUGAGGGCGUUGAUGGAGGUGGGGGUGGAUGUGGAGGUGGUGGAUGGGCAGGGGAGGACUGCAUUGGAGGUUGCAAGGGAGGUGUUGGAAGGGAUACCCAAAGGGAGUUUAGUGGCAUUUGGGAGAAGAUUAGGGUUGGAAGGAGUGAUUAGGGAGUUGGAGAAGGAGGUCUAUGAGUUUGUGGAGGUGGAGAAGGUGUUGGAAAAGAGAGGGGAAGGGGAGAGAAGGGAGUAUUUGGUAGAGUGGAGAGAUGGUGGGGAAAGGGAAUGGGUGAAGGAGAAGUGGAUUGGGGAGGAUUUGGUUAGGGAUUUUGAGGAAGGGUUGGAGUAUGGGGUUGCAGAGAAGGUUGUGGGAAGGAGGGAAGGGGAAGAGGGGAGAGUUGAGUAUUUGGUUAAGUGGGUUGAUUUGGAGGAGGCUACUUGGGAGCCGGUGGAGAAUGUCGAUGCGGAGCUUGUUGAGGAGUUUGAGAAGAUUAAUGGGAAUGGUGCGGCGGCGGUGGCAGUGGUGCCGGAGAAGGAGGAGGAGGAGGAGGAGGAGGAGGAGGAAGAAGUUGGUGUCCAAUGAGAGAAGAGAUUGAUUUUGGAUGGUGAGUUUGUUUUAACUUUUGACUCUCUUCUUUUUUCCACAGUAUUUUGUUGUUGUGCAUAUGUUUAAUAUGUGAGUGUUUUGUUUUAAUUUGAAUGAAUUGUGGAGGGGAAUUUUGAUUUUGCUUAUUGUUUUUA